CACUAUAUAGAGAGCUCAGUGAGCUGAUCGGAGAGACACCACUCUGCCAGCCCUUUCCUACAAAUCGCAAUCACUUCCUACACCCCCCCUGCGCCCCCCCUUCUCUUUAGCAUAUUUGAUCACUUUGAUUCCAGGCUCCAGCCUUUUAUUUGAGGUUUUAUUCUGCAUGAAGGAUGUCCAGCAGCCUGUGAACUGCUUCCUCUCUCUGCCCUGUUAUUGUUAUUGUUAUUAUUUGCGGCUGUGGCUGCUGGAGAGUGGACUCUGUGCAUGUGUGAGUGAGGCAGAGGAGGAGGAAGAAGAGGAGAUCUGUGCAAGUCCUGCUACUGCUGGAGAGAGACCCAGGGAGCCUCCACCACUGGCUGUGACAGCAGCAGUAGCAGUUGCAGUUGCAGCAGCAGCAGCUCUGGGGAAGAGCCGCUCUCUCCUGUGCGACUGGGAACCCUUCAGCCUUCUCCUAUCUCCAUGGCUUUUCUCCAUGGCUGACUGUGAUCUGCCCAGGACCUGGCCCCCAGCACUCCAAGGGACAUCCCCAAAUCUCCUCUUGCACUUCCCCGGCCAAGACAGCACGACCCCAAGCUUGAGCCUCAUCUGAAUUUAUUCCCCCCCUUUCCCCCCCUCGACCCCUCUCUUUUUUUUUCUCCCCCCUAAAUCCAUUCUGUCUCGCCUGAUCCCAUAAGCGUGAGAAGGCAAAAGAAAGGAGGGAGAAACGGUUCCCAAUAGAUAUGGCAAUGGUAGUGGGUGCGUGGCGAGACCCUCAGGACGAUAUGCCAGGAACUCAACCUUCACAAGCACCUCCAGGGCAAGGGCCAAACGGGGCCCCGCACACCCCGCAGACCCCGGGCCAAGGGGUCCCCUCUACUACCCCAGCCCAGUCCAACCCAUCCAGCCAACCGAGCCAGAACCAAGGGGAGAAGCAGCAGCAGCAGCAGCACAUCGAGUGCGUGGUGUGCGGGGACAAGUCCAGCGGGAAACAUUACGGACAGUUCACAUGCGAGGGCUGCAAGAGCUUCUUCAAGCGAAGUGUAAGGCGAAAUCUCACUUACACGUGUCGUGCCAACAGGAACUGUCCCAUAGACCAACACCACCGCAAUCAGUGUCAGUACUGUCGCCUCAAAAAAUGCCUCAAAGUUGGCAUGAGACGGGAAGUCUCUUCUUUAUUUACUGCAGCCGUACAGAGGGGCAGAAUGCCACCCACACAGCCUACACACGGGCAGUUCGCCUUGACAAAUGGAGACCCUCUCAACUGCCAUUCCUACCUAUCCGGAUAUAUAUCGUUACUCCUGAGGGCAGAACCCUACCCGACCUCUAGAUUUGGCAGCCAGUGCAUGCAACCCAACAAUAUCAUGGGCAUCGAGAACAUUUGUGAGCUGGCAGCCAGGAUGCUGUUCAGUGCUGUGGAGUGGGCAAGGAAUAUCCCCUUCUUCCCAGACCUGCAGAUCACAGACCAGGUGGCAUUGCUCAGGCUGACCUGGAGUGAGUUGUUUGUCCUCAACGCUGCCCAGUGUUCCAUGCCCCUCCAUGUGGCCCCUUUACUGGCCGCUGCUGGCCUGCACGCUUCCCCCAUGUCUGCGGACAGAGUGGUGGCAUUUAUGGAUCACAUACGAAUCUUCCAAGAACAGGUCGAAAAACUGAAGGCUUUGCACGUUGACUCUGCAGAAUACAGCUGCCUCAAGGCCAUAGUACUCUUCACUUCAGAUGCCUGUGGUCUGUCUGAUGUGGCACAUGUGGAAAGUUUGCAAGAAAAGUCCCAAUGUGCUUUGGAAGAAUAUGUUAGAAGCCAGUACCCAAACCAACCAACAAGAUUUGGGAAAUUGUUACUUCGACUGCCCUCCCUCCGCACUGUCUCCUCCUCUGUCAUAGAGCAGUUGUUUUUCGUCCGGUUGGUAGGUAAAACCCCUAUAGAGACCCUAAUUAGGGAUAUGUUACUCUCUGGAAGCAGUUUCAAUUGGCCCUAUAUGUCCAUACAAUAAAACAUUAAGUAUUGAAAGGGAAAUAAAGGAGGGCAAAAAAAAAGAUUAAAACAAGAGACUGGUGGUCUGGUUGCAUAAAAUCCCCCUCUGCUAAGAAAGGAUAAAAAAAAAAAAAAAGCUGUUACACGUUUACUUUAAAGAAGAGAGGGAAGAAUUUAUUGGACUGUGAAUUUAAAAAAAAGACUAUCAAUGAACUCUUAUAAAAUGCAUUUAAACACGUGUCGUUGAGAACAACUUGCUACUUAUCUUUUUUUUUUUGUAAAAAAGACAAAAAAAUUUUCAAAAAACAAAACAGGAAAUUAGUCAUUUUUUGUAACCUUUUAAGUAUCGCUAAAAGUGCAUUUAAGGAAAAAGUGGACAAAAUUAGCAGAAAUGGGAAAGCAAGAUUUUUUUUUUCCAAAUUAUUAAUUGUCCUGUGUCUAUGUAUCUAUAACAUAUUUUUUUUUGUACUUUUCUGGUUCCAAACCAGUUUAUUCUGUGGUUCUAUAAUAUUUUUGAUAUAUUCUUGGCUUAAAAAAAAAACUGUAUCCUUAUAAAAGAAAAUGUUCUCCAGGAAUUAAAACAAUGUCCACACAGAUAUCAUAGGAAACAAAAAUGGAAUUUUAAUAAACAAAGCAAAAAUCAGGUUGGAUGCGCACUUACAAGUGAUGAGCCUAAAUUAAUUAUUAUUUCCCUACCUGAACCACACACGUUACUUCAUUGCCCAAAACAGAUCUUUUUUUUUUUUUCUGUUUCAUUUUCUGAGAAAUAACUGCUUUGUGGGGUUGAAGUGGAAGGAGCUGCCGUGUUACACACACUGCAGUGUAGUUCAAUUACCUUUUUGUCCACGCAGUAUCCUCAAUCUGAAGUUCCUCUACCUGUUUGUAUAUUUGCAAUCCCUUUGUAUUAUAAUUGUUGAUAUUUGCCCAUUUUUUUUUAAAGAGACAAAAAAAAAAGUUACAAUUCAGAUCAGCAUGACAAAUAACACUGUUGGCACUUAUAGAUAAUGUGAUUGAUUCGGUAUUUAGAGUUUACAGUUUUGUGUUAAAACUGAAGGGUUCUUUUUUUUAUUUUAAAGUGCAACUUCUUUUCUGUAUACUGUAAAAGUUAUAACUGAACUGUUUGGUCAAGUCUUUGUGUGUUAUAUUCCAAGGAAAUUGAAAGUAUUCAGAAAUUAAAAUAUUAUUUGAUAUCUGAAAAAAACUGGCUGUCACAAGUGUCUUUCAACCCCAGAAUAACCAUUCCAAUCAUUAUAUUUCUGACCUUAGUAUUGAUAGACAUAGUUACCCCGUACAGCCCUUGGCGUACUUGGAUCUGCUAUGACGGAGUGUGCCUGGUACUGUAAGGGUUAAUUAUACAAACCACCUCAGUCAAAAGGUGUAGCAGUGUAUUUGCAUGCUUAAUUGGGUUGGAAAAUGUAAAAAUCAAUGAUUUAUCUGCGGUUUCACCAGUGCUGUACAAUAUUGCCAACAACUUGUAUCAUUAUCCCAUAUUUAAUUAAAGGUAGGGUUUUUAAGGGCCUGAUUUAAGCGCCUUCUAAGUAAAAUAGAUUGUUUCAAUCAACCCAGAAUUCAUCCAGCAUCUAUUUUACAAUCCUAAAGAGGAAAUAUAUCUCUGGUGUGCAUACACAAGCCAGUGGCACACACACAUAUUCAGCCCAGCUGCUUUAACUGUGUUUUCAGGAAUAAAUUGGGAUUCUAAAUAUCAUUUAUCAUUGCUAUUGAGUGAAGUGUACACAUCAAUUGGCUUAGCCUUAAGGUUAUAAAAUACACACAACAACCUGAAUUGAAUUUGAAUUUAACUGGUGGUGGAGAAAGCAAGCUAUCAUACAUAUUUUACAAUUUAAAAAGAGUGGUGGUAUGUGUAUGUGUCUAUAUAUAUAUAUAUAUAUAUAUAUAUAUAUAUAUAUAUAUAUAUAUAUAUAUACUACCAGUCUUUCUAAUUAUAUAUAUAAUUCUAUAAUUGGUUAGACAUCUACAUUAAUUCAUAGCAAUCAAUUACAACAUGCACUGGGCCUUGUAAUUAUAAAUAUAUAUCUAUAUAUCUAAAACACAAAACUACAACAGAGAACUGGUUUGGAUUAUAUAUUAUUUUUUUUUCCUCAUAAAUUUAAAUUUAGGCAUCUAGCAGAUGCUGUGCUAUGAACGCCUGUAAUUGGUUUAAGACUUAUUCACCCACAGUUCAAUGUGGUUUAUUUUUACCAAAACGAUCUACGUUUUAGUUAAUUUAAAAAAAAAAAGUUCACUUUUAAUUUAUUUGAAAUGCACGUCUGGACCAGAAAAUGAUGUACGGAUGUGACAUAAUGAAAAUGGAUACAUAUGAUAUUAAUGUAUGUUUGUAUGUGUGUAUAUGUGUGUGUGUACACAUACAUAUAUACAUACAGAGCACAUAUAUAGGGAGAAGGAUGUGUUGAGCAAGAUGACAAUUGCAGAGUAGUGCUGACCUCUAGGUUUAAAAAUUUUCCAUUGCAAGUCAUUUGUGAGUGUGUGAAGUUUGUAUAAAAAAAGCUAAAAAAAAGAAACAAAAAACACAGGAUCUCUUGUUUGUUUUGUGUUAGCUUGUUGUAAACAUGUGUUGUAAAUUGUCAUUGGUAUUAAAUUAUAAUUUAUGAUUUUGAAAAUCAAAA